UAAGUGCGAAUGUGAUGUCACGCGACAACACUUCCUGUUACACAUCUGUGUCUAUAAGAACGAAGUAUGGAGUAAACCGGUUAAGAUAAAUCUCAAUCCAUUGACAACCCUCGGUCAUAACAGUCACGACAUGAGUUUCAAGAACAAAGUGGUGCUGAUCACCGGAGGCAGCGCCGGUAUCGGAGCAGCCACCGCUAAACAAUUUGCUAAAGAAGGAGCCAGCAUCGCCAUCGUAGGCAGGAACGAGGCUGGACUGAAGGCGGUGGCGCAGCGGUGCGAUCAACAUGGCAGCAAGACACUCGUCAUCAAAGCAGAUGUGGCUGACGACGCACAGGUGAAGAUUAUUGUCGAGAAGACGAUCAAAGAGUUCGGCAGACUGGAUAUCCUUGUCAACAAUGCUGCUGUGCUGAAGAACACGACGCUCACGAGCCCCGACGUGAUGGAGACUUAUGACGAAGUGAUCAAUAUCAACCUACGAGCAGUGAUCCACUUAACCAGCUUAGCGGCGCCACACUUGAUAAAGACUAAGGGGAACAUCAUCAAUAUCUCCAGCAUACUCGGUAAGACGUACGUGCAGACGCCACAGCUGAUGAUGUACUGUCUCUCUAAGGCAGCGCUGAAUCACUUCUCCCGUGGCGUAGCUCUGGAGCUGGCAGCUUCUGGCAUCCGAGUGAAUAUUGUGAGUCCAGGUCCUGUGCGUACUCACAUGCUAGCGACUCUGGACAAUAAUAAAAAGGUCGAUGACCAUGUGGAACCUACAGCCUUACGCAGAAUAUCGGAACCCGAAGAAGUAGCUGAUGUGAUCCUGUUCCUGGCCAGUGAUAAAGCUAAAGGUGUUACAGGAUCUGACUAUUGUGUAGAUAAUGGAGUGCUAAUAAAAUUUUAAAAGAAGUAGAUGAAUAAAUUAUGUGAAUAAGUAUUUAUUGCAUUAUGUUGAACGCAUGCAAUUGGACCUAUUUAUAUUCCAGGAUAAUAUGACAUUUUAGUUCCUUAAAACUAGUGACUACACCCAAAUUCAGCCGUAAACGAAAGUGGAUUGAUAUUAACAUAAAAAUAUAUGUUUAAAUAAACAACAACCACGAAGCUUAUUUAGUAAGGUCAAUAUACCUUUACAUAUUAUACACUGUGUCUAAUAUUAAUAUUACACUCACAUCCACAACACCCACUGUAAUCGAAUACGCACAAAUAUAUCAAUCAUAGUAAUUACUUCACGUCGUUUCCCCAAGAAUACGACAAAUGUGACGGUUACGACAGAUCCGACAAUUUUUUAUCAUACAACCAUGUCCCAAUUCCCAAGUCGGGAGCUAGGGAGGUAAUAGAUAGCCAGUGUGAAACAAUUCUAACAGUAAUUGGGGUAGAUGCCUCAUGAGGAUCUGUGACACACUUGACAUAUGACGAUAUUGUGUAAAUUGUAUGGCCAUAUUUUGUACGUGACGUGAACUGGUGCUUCCACCCUACUUUUGAUUAUUUGAAUAUUUAUUUGUUUUGUAGUUCUAUGGAAUAUUUGACUACCUUUGGUCAAGUUCAGUGAUCUGUAAGUACAACAGUCGAGUAAAUUCUCAGCUAAAUAAAGGCACCUAUUUCAGGUUUGCAGCCUCAACUAAGAAUUGUUUAGGCCGUAUUCAGUUCUAGGUGGACAUCAUAUAUUUCAAAUACAAAGUCGUACCAAACCGACCAUCUAAUUAAAAUAAAUAUAAUCU